AUGUUUGAAUUUGUUCAGAUUUUGGAGCUCAGAUCACAAAAUGGGAAACAUUUUGUUGGAUUAGCGUCAUCUGAAAGUGGGAAAGACUUUCCAGAGGCCUUACCAUCUUUAUCGAUGGACCCCUGCAUGGGUGGAAAUGGAUGUGCUCACAUCUGUCAGAGUCAGCAUGGCGUGGCCAGGAGUGCCUGUCACCCAGGGUACCAGCUGUCUGAAUACAAAAAGGCCUGUGCAGAUGUAAACGAGUGUGCUGAAGGGCUUGCUUCCUGCCACCAUCGCUGUGUGAACACAGUGGAAUCUUUCACUUGUGCCUGCCACCCUGGUUUUGAGCUGGGAGCUGAUGGAAAACAGUGUUCAAGGAUUGAAUUGGAAAUUGUCAAUAGCUGUGAAAAGAAUAAUGGUGGUUGUUCCUGUCACUGUGAACAUGCAGUUGGUGAGCCCCGUUGCUCCUGUAACCAUGGACACCGGCUUGAUUCAGAUGAGAAAACAUGCAUAGACCUUGAUGAAUGUGAGAGUGGAGAAGCCUGCUGGGCCCAGCUCUGCAUCAACUACUUAGGAGGCUCUGAAUGCAGUUGUCAGGAAGGCUUUCGGAUCAGUUCUGUCGCUUGUGGAUGUGAUGAUGAUGAUGAGCUAAAGGAAGAAGAAGAGGAAUUAGAUAUUGUGAAGUUUCCACGUCUUCUAUUCAAGAGCCCACCUCAACUGCUUCAUUAUGUGGCCACCUCUCUGCCUCUCACCCACGAAGGUGAAGAAGAUGAGCUGGAAGAGGGGAAAGAUAUUCGAGGAGAACUGACUGCUUUGCACAGAAUUCAUACCUUCGGACACGAUUGCACGUUGAGCUGUGAGGACUGCAUGAAUGGAGGCUGGUGCCAGGAAGGAAAGAGUGGAUGCUGCUUCCCAGCUGGCUGGGGAGACAUUCUUUGUAAUGAAACUCGUUCCCCAGAGACCAGUGGGAAAGAGUAUGACGGCAUCUGUGAUUGUCAGAACGGAGGCACGUGUGAUCCUCUGAGCUGGCAGUGCGAGUGCCCCUCAUGGGUUCAUGGGAAAACCUGUGAAGACGGAUGCCCAAAAGGAUUCUUUGGGAAGAGUUGCAAAAGGAAAUGUAACUGUGCCAACAAUGGCCAUUGCCACAGGGUGUAUGGUGCCUGUAUGUGUGAGCCAGGGCGCUAUGGGAGGUUUUGUCACCUGAACUGUCCCAAGGGAGCCUGUGGAGCUGGCUGUUCUUCAGAAUGUCAGUGUGUGGAGGAGAACACCCUGGAAUGCAGUGCCAAAAAUGGCAGUUGCACCUGCAAAUCUGGUUACCAAGGCAACAGAUGA